AUUGCAGGGCCCUCCUUGCCCAAUCCAGAGCCAUGGCAGAGGCUGGGGAAGAGGAGAUGGCGUCAGUGGAAGCUUCAGGGUUCUCAGAUAUGAGUGACUCAGAGUUCCUAGAGUUUUUGGACCUGAAAGAUUCCAAAGAGUCAAGUGCUUCACUUAGCAAUCCUAGCCCUUCUUCUGAAGUCUCUGAGAAGGAUGACAAGCCUAUAAGCUUGCAAAACUGGAAAAGAGGAUUGGAUAUCUUGUCACCUAUGGAAAGAUUUCACCUAAAAUAUUUAUAUGUCACUGACCUGUCUACUCAGAACUGGUGUGAAUUGCAAAUGGUAUAUGGGAAGGAACUUCCUGGGUUUUUGACACCUGAGAAGGCAGAUAUUUUGGACACUGGUUCCAGCAUCCAUCUAGCUAGAGAACUAGAACAUCAUGAUCUUGUGACUAUCCCCAUCACCACUAAAGAAGAUGCUUGGGCAAUUAAGUUUCUGAAUAUACUGAUAAUGAUUCCCACCCUGCAGUCAGAAGGGUGCAUCAGAGAAUUUCCAGUGUUUGGAGAAGUGGAAGGUGUGUUUCUUGUUGGUGUGAUUGAUGAGUUGCAUUAUACAGCCAAGGAAGAACUGGAACUGGCUGAACUUAAGACACGUAAGCGCCCUUUGCUCCCUCUGGAUGCUCAGAAGAAGAAAGACUGUUUUCAAGUAAGCCUGUACAAAUAUAUCUUUGAUGCCAUGGUGCAAGGGAAAGUGACCCCUGCUAGCCUAAUCCGUCACACAAAAUUGUGUCCAGACAAGCCACUGGGGCCUUCUGUGCUGAGGCACGCCCAGCAGAGAGGCUUCUCUGUGAAGUCGUUGGGUGACCUCAUGGAACUGGUCUUCUUGUCUUUCACAUUGUCUGACCUCCCAGUUAUUGAUAUCUUAAAGAUUGAAUAUAUCCAUCAAGAGACUGCCACUUUGUUGGGUACAGAGAUUGUACUCUUUGAAGAGAAGGAGGUGAAAGGCAAAGUACAGCAUUAUAUAGCCUAUUGGAUGGGCCACCGAGAGCCUCAAGGGGUGGAUGUGGAAGAGGCUUGGAAGUGUAGGACAUGCGACUAUACAGACAUCUGUGAGUGGAAGAAAGGUGGUGGAGUGCUCAGCUCCACACUGAAGCCUCAAGCCAAGAAAGCCAAAUGAAUAGAAGUUAUGUUUUCAGAAAUUUUUAUCUUUCCUGCUCCUAAAGUACCUGACUAAAAGAGGACCAGUCUUUGAGCUUGGCUUUCCUGGAUAGUGUUCCGGUUUUGUAUUCUACAUUGUCUAAUCCAUUCAAAUCUAGGACUCAAAGUUCAGGGAUGAAUGGGAGAGAUCUAGGGGUUACAAUGUCCCUAGAGCUUUGACAUGGGUUGUCAGGAAGAUAAAUGCCUAUCAUGGCUGGAGCAGAGGUAUCCUAUAGCAAAUAUUUUCCUGAGAAAAUUGUGAUUCUGAUAAAUCUUUAUUUUUUUUCAUAAGACUUUCUACAUUUUAUAUAAUAAAAUGAAAUGCU